AAAUCACAAACAGUCCUGGUGUCACCGCCUCCCAUGUAAAUAAACAAAACCAAGAAGUCGUUUCUCGUGUGACAGAAAAAGUGCUUAUCAAUUAUUCACUGCUCACUUGUUCAGCUAUACACGCGCUGACCGCAGUGAAUGCAUAGUUUGAGUAACAAAGCGAAAAGCAACGUGCGGUGUUAUCUUGAUGUGAAAAUUCAAGGAAGGAAUCUCGGAGUUUAAAAUUCAGCUGUCAUCAUACAAAAUAUAUAAUAACUGAGGCAGACACUUGAAAUCCUAGGAAAAUGGCUGCCAGUUUAUCAACGGAUAUCAUCUUACCAAACCCACCCCCUGAUUUAUUGCUUCCGAAACAUGCAGAAUUUCUAUCGCGUUAUGGAACUUCUAAGGAAGAUUAUGAAUACUGCAUGACCGAAUUUCUGAGAAUGUCAGGAAUGUACUGGGGUCUGACGGCGUUAAGUCUGAUGGACAAAUUGGAUUCCGUUCCACCCAGUGAUGUCAUUGCUUUCAUUCAGGACUGUUUUGAUGAGACCACAGGGGGAUUUUCCCCGGCAAAAGACCAUGAUCCACAUGUCUUGUAUACGCUGAGUGCGGUUCAAAUAAUUGCAAUGUAUGACGAAUUCAAGGCUGUCGAUUGUUCCAAAAUUGUUUCCUUCAUUCAGUCUUUACAACAAGCGGAUGGCUCAUUCUUUGGGGACCAGUAUGGCGAGGUUGAUAUUAGAUUUUCAUUCUGUGCGGUAGCUACGCUUUCCCUUUUGAAAAAACUCGAUGCAAUUAAUGCUAGAAAAGCUGCUGAUUUCAUUUUGUCUUGCCAAAAUUUUGAUGGAGGUUUUGGGUCCAAACCUGGUUCUGAGUCUCAUGCAGGACUAAUUUAUUGUGCUGUGGGUACACUAUCGAUACUCAAGGAAGUUGAUCGGAUAAACAGUGACUUGUUGGGCUGGUGGUUAUGUGAACGACAACUAAAAUCAGGGGGUUUUAAUGGAAGGCCAGAAAAGCUUCCUGAUGUUUGCUAUUCUUGGUGGGUACUGGCCUCCUUGACAAUUUUAGGGCGACAAGAUUGGAUUGAUCAAAAGGCCCUCAUCAAAUUCAUACUCUCCUGUCAAGACACGUCAACUGGAGGAUUUGCAGAUCGACCUGGAGAUGUGGUUGAUCCUUUCCAUACCCUGUUUGGAUUAGGAGCACUAUCUUUACUCGGUUAUCAAGAUGAAAAGUUGUUAAAACUCAAGAAAAUCAACCCGGUCUUUUGCAUGAGUCAAGAUAUCAUUGAUAAACUCGAAAUUGAGGUUCAAAUUUUACCCGGUGGAGGUGCAUCCUGACCUAUGCUUCUUAAUGCAUGCGAGACCAGUUGUACAUUAGGACUCUUGUAAUUUCGCUGUAUGAUCAUGAUGAAAAAAAUCACCUUCAGUUUGCCUUAUUUUUAGCCAACGAACCAGCAUACAUAUAUAUUUUAUAUAUGUUGUAAUCUUGACUUCUUUUAUGUGCCGCACUAUUAUUAUUAUUAAAUGUUAAACCAUGUCCACUAGAGCAUUAUAAAGUUAAAAUUCAAUUCAACUUGUUUCAGUAUAAUUUUAUUUUAUGCAAAUUAUCAUUAAAUUAAAAUUUACCUUCAUGCAUGCUAUUCUAAAACUUAAAACGUAUUAUAAUAGUCUACUAUAAAUAUGAACUAAAUAAUACCAAAAACUGUUAACUCGUGUAUUAACGCUGAUAGUUUGAAUUUGCUAAAUUAUGCAAGGAUUUCUAAUAGAAUAUAGUGCUGCUACUUUCGUCUAUCUACAUAUGGCAGAUAGAUCAUCAAGUCUUGCAUUAAAGUUUAAGGGUUUGCUCAAAAUUACGCAACUUUAAAAUACCACACAAACUUGAUACAUUGAUACUUUUUAUAUCGUUCGCCAGUUGGAAUAAUUAUUAUAACAUGUAAUAUAGCCUCAGUUGUAAUAAAAUGGAAAUAAAUUCACUCGAACCUUCUUAAAAA